UCAAGUGAUCCUCAUCCCCCUUCGCUGCAUUGACCCCUCCACUAAGCCGCAAAAUCCAUUCCCUUGCCAUUCUCUCCUCGCCGACCUUGGAGAAAAGCCACCCCCAAAUCGCGCACGGCGCACCCACCCGCACGAAUCUCGUCGCGCCAUGGCCUCCUCCCGGAACCCCGACGCCCCGGCGCUAGCUCCUGCGCUCGCGGCGGAGCCGCCGGAUGCGCAGCCCCUAAACCCUAGCAUUCCCCCCGGUGACCUGCCGUUGCCGGAGGUGGAGGCCACGGCGGAGGCGCUGACGCGGGAGGAGGUCCUCCGCCGGCGGCGGCGCCGGGCCGCGCGGCUCGCCGCCGUAUACCGCCGGCUCUACUGGGCCAUUACCGAGGAGGUGCGCGCGCGGCACCGGCAGUACGUCUGGGACCUCGGCCGGAGCCCGCUCGAGGCGGAGCCUCCGCCUCCUGCCGGCGCCUUCCCCGGGGGUGGCGAGGCGCCGAGGCCGGCGCCGGUACCGAGGAGGAAGAAGUGCGGUUUCACGGGGUGCAAGGUGCGGGCCAUGGCCAUGACCAGGUUCUGCCACUCCCACAUCCUCUCUGAUCCCAACCAGGCGCUGUACAAGCCCUGCGCCUACGUCACCAAGAGUGGGGUAGCGACUGGGCAAGUCAUAUGUGGCAGGCCCAUCAUAAAAUCUGCAGCUCCCUCCCUCUGCAAUAUUCACUUGCAAAGAAGUCAGAAGAACAUUGCACAAGCUUAUAGGAAGGUUGGCUUUAACCCAUCCCCUACAGGCAAGAUCACCCCAAGGUUCAGUGUUUUGGUUGCUGAAUGUGUUCGUCAGAUCCAACACAAAAGGAAACAAUCACUGAAUGCUGCAGCAUGACAGAAAUGUCCUAAAGAUGAAAAAGUUGACUGAGACAUACCUUGAUAUCUAUGUGUGCACAAACUUCAUGAAAUGUCAGGCAUUCUGAGGUUUACCCAAGGCAUUGAUAACUUACACUACCAAAUUACUGCAGUCACUCUGUCUUGAAUGGUAUGUAUAAUGGAAACUUAUGUUAUAUACAUGAGUUGAAGAUUGAAGCGCGUCAUUGGAAGAAUUGAUAUCUUGGGAAUGGAUGUGAAUCAGUAGCAAUGCGACAAGGCUGACAUGGUUGAUUUGAUGAUCCAUUGAACGAUCAUCCGCUUGUUGCAUGCAUGAAGGUUAGUGACUGCCAGCAUCAAACCUAUGGAUUCGUAUGAAAAAAAAAACAAUGACCUGUGAAGAUGCCACCGAUCAUGUUUUGAAUUGGAUUCCACAUCGUGAGUUAUGCUGAUCCAAAAUGCGACCCACAUGCUCAUGGUGAUUUAGAUCGCGCAAUGGUGGUCCUGCUGUAAGCAUGGUGUACAUUUAGAUGUUCAGCUCCGUAUGGAAAUUGUGCAUAUUAUGGAGGAUAGAAUUAUUUCUUCCCAUAUGGAGAUUCAGUGCUCAUGCUUGUUUUAUACUUGCCAGAGAGAAAUAUGGAAGCAUGAUCUGUAUUUUUGUGGCAAAUGGACCGUAAUUGGAAAGAUGCUCCUUACCAAGAAUGUUUCACAUCAUGCACCAAGGGAGGAGCCUUAUAAUACAAACAAGGAGUUAUGAGGAUACUGUAGUACGCUAUGUUUACAGAGUGUUCAUUGCCUGGUACUGUUACAAAAUUUCAUGAGAUGCUGCACAAAUAAUUACCCUUGGCGGCUUUAUAUUGGGAAGCUGUUAGAAUCUGGCUACAGUGGGUCUAUUGUGUAACCACAUACCAGGUACCAUGAAAUAACCAUAGAUACGUCAUGUCUGGAAUAUCUCAGAUUUGGUAAGGACUAGAACAACAAACAGAAGUGUUCAUCUUUCCUGAUAUAACGGUAGUUUUCUGUUGUCAGUUGUUACCAUAUGUAAAUAACUUCACAUUAACUUUUUUCUUGUUUUUCAUACGUUAAGAUUUGUUACCUAGUUUCCUA